AUGAGCGAGCGAAUCGACACGAAGCGUCUCAACGAGAUUGCAAAGCUGGCCUUUGAGGGCCCAGCAUUUCGCACCAAGAAAGGAAGCCAUAACAGGCUCGAGGUCAUGCUCAGCAGUCUCGACAUAAGCACGAGCGCGUUCAAGGCCCAGCUGAACAGCCUUAGGGAAGCCUUUGUUGACCUGGUGCGGCCCGAAGAUCCUCGAUGCUUCACCUCCGUACAGGACAGAUUGGCACAUCACUUUGCACACAUUCAACUCGACCCGUCAACGACCAGAGGAAGCGUCUAUGUCAGAGUACUUGGCUGGAUCGAAGUGGAUGAGUUGAUCAAGCUUUGCAAGGCUUACGUGAAGAAGUAUGGUCAAAAGCGAAAGGGCAAUGGGCUCAGGAGGGGUACAGCUCUGGCGAGAGUCGCCGCGGUGUUGUGCAACCUGGAGGCUUGCAAGGCAGACGGUCAUGUGAGUGGGAGCUUUGCGAGACGGUGUUGCGUGAACAGCUUUUUCGCCUUUGCUCACGUGCUUCGUGUCUCGUGCCCCAUUGCCGCGCAGGAUGGAAAGUCGCUGCGCCUCCUCGCCUAUAUCGGACAGAGUCUCAACUGUGCAUCGGUACGAGCAGCGGCAGACAUCGAAGCGGUGAGUGAGGCGAGCAGGAUUCUCGGCCCGCGAAUAGAGCACGGCUGACUGCCAUCGUGCCUACAGGCCGAUAACUCCGACCUUCCGCCUUCCUUUUUAAAGUUUGUGUGUCAGCACAUGAACCGUCAGCAGAUGGCAGUGUACGUGCUGUAUCACAUACCCAAUGCCACUUCUCACAACCUGGUCACCGUCGAAGGAUUCUGUAUCGAGGCAUGUGGCAAGUACCUGCUUGCCAACACUCAAGGAGCAGGCCAGUCUUCUGCACGGGGCAACAGGGGCUGGAAUGACGAGGAGGCAAUGACAAGCUUCCCCUUUAACAGCAUCACCUUGCCCCCUGUGCUGCACAUCAGCCCUGUCUCUCUCAUCCUGCUGGCGGACGUCACAAACCCUGAGCAGGCAGCAGAGCUCAAGGGUUGUCUGGAAAACUUCUCGAGCCUUCAAGUCCAGGUCCUCAAUCCUGACUAUGCUAGGCCGAGAGAACUUCAAGCAGCAGUCGCAGCAGGUGGAGACAGGGUCUGCCUAUGCACCAUUGGAGAGCAAUGCCAUCGGCGCACGCUCAAGCUCAUCCACAGGAUCGACCCCUCUGUGCAUCUUGAGCUGCACCCAACAUUUCGCUCCAUUGCUCGCAACCUCUCCAGAGCUGACAAUAUGGACAUGCUGCCAGACGUCUACUUGCUGCGCCACUUUCCUCUGGGUCCAGACCCUCUACAUGCCCAAGGAGUGCUCACGGACAACAUCCCAUUGGUAAGCACUCUGUCGAACCAGGUGCCAUUGUCAUCAGGUGAUGCAUCUGCCCAGCAUCAGGCAGCGAUCGGUCAAAUGAUCAUUGCUGCAGCGGCCAUUGGUUCUCUCGAUGGUGUGCCUCCACCCUACCUUGAUGAGCUUGUAGAUGGACCGCUGCCCUUCUUUGCCAAUGGUCACUACUGGUUCGAUGUGCAGGGACAAGACGGUCAAUACCACCUUGAUCUUCAUGCUCGAGGUGGCAAGAUCCACCAGCUGGAUCUUGAGGGGAGCAUGACUGCAACCGUCAAGCAAGUCUACCUUGCUCUCUCCCGCUGCAAUGGACCAGGAGCGUCGUCUUCAGACGACAUUCAUGGUCUUUGGGUUGUUGCGCAUGGCCUGGAGCAAGGUGACUCUGAGACUCGAGAAGUUGGAAUCAUUGCUCUCGAAGAUGCGCUGAGUCUUGGCCUUGGGGAGCCCCUGUGUCGCUUGUGCCUUGCCCAUCGCAUCAAGGAUUGGCAUUUGAUCUCCGAGACUACUUGGGUUCAUCUUGCCGACAGUCUUUUGCGCACAACCCAGUGGGAUCUGGGCGAGGAAGACAAGUUUGUCGCUUUUGGUACGCUGCGAAUUCGGUUCGGAGACAGGUGCACGAUACAAAGUCCAGCAGUGCCAGCCUCAAUCUACGCACGCUCUCUGGAGCUCCCCACUGCUGGCAAAUGGCAAGCCUUCUCGCCUGUGCCCCAGUCUUUGGUGGCUUACUUUCCCUCAAAGUUGAGGCAAUUGUCUCCUUGCGACUUGGCAUACACCGUGCGCAGCUCAGAGGGCGUGCUCGUCCUCUCCUUUAAUGCUUCAGACCAGCGUUUCAUCCUGGAACAUGACGAGCAAGACGAGAUCCAAGUCAAGCCCACAUGGCCAAGGAUUCGUCGCGCAGAGGCAUCUGAGAAGUUCACGCUCAACGUCAGGCUACCUUACCUUGUGCUCCAUCACUUUGCCAACAAGCCCUUUCGACAGUGGCAACUUCUGGCCACCGUGGUGGACAAGGAAGUGCAGGAUGAUGUUGAUUGGCUUCGUCAGGAUUCCCACCACUGGCAAGAAGCGAGGUACACCUACGAAGACGGCGGCUAUGCUGGCAAGAAUGACAACAGUCAGACCGUCAAGCAGCUCAUGACCCUCGGCUCAACCCUCAAAACGCGUGUAGAUGAGUUCUGGGACAAUUUCGAGAGAUCCACUGCGGAAGAGACGAUGGUGUUGGGCGCAGAUAUCAACUCCGAAGGAAGCGACUGGGAAGACAGCGAAGGAGAAGGAUCAAUCGCAUCAGCAUUGGCUCAGACCAACCUCGAAGCUCCCGCUCCACACGGGUCGCAAGACGAUGCGCCAGUCGAUGAACCCUCUCCUGGUACCGCCAUGACUCAGCCCACUGCCCUCACCUUGUUUUCACAAAGGAUGCAAGAACAGACAACAUCGCAGCAGCAGCAGCAGCAGGAUGUGCAGCAGCAGGAUGUGCAAGUCAAAGCGCCGGUGGAGAGCGUCGUUUGCGCGCUAAAUCGUAUCGCUUUGGAAGCUGCCGAUGCGCGUCUUGUUGGCCUUCGACAAAAGGUUCGAGCCAAAGGAAUCUCCGACUGUCGCGCAGCUGAGUACCGUGCAGAAUUGGAUGGCAGAGAGACCACUGCAGAGCAUCUCAAGCUGCUCAUCCACGACGCACUUGGGGUCGAUAACCUGACUGCUGAGCGCAAAAAGCUCUUGCCGAGGACUCAGAAGCUGGAGACAGAGCUAAAAGCGCGCACAGCAGAGCUGCUCAGGGUUCAAGAGAAGCUGGAAGCUGCAAAUGCUACGGUGGACACCUUUGAAUCAGAGCGCGAGGCUGCCGUCUCGGAGCGCAACAUCGCAGUCUCUGAGCGCGAUGCUGCCGUCUCGGAGCGCAACGUUGCAGUCUCUGAGCGCGAUGCUGCUAUCUCGCAAUGCAAUGCUGCUACCUCGGACCGCAACACUGCUGUCUCGGAGCGCAAUGCUGCUAUCUCGGAGCGCAAUGCUGCUAUCUCAGAGCGCGACGCUGCUGUCUCGUCCCUUGAGACGCGCACUACAGAGCGCAAUGUUGCCGUCUCAGAGCGCGACGCCGCUUGCGUAUCCCUUUCGCAAGUCCAGAACGAUCUGGCUGUGAGGAUCACAGAGCGUGACAAUGCCGUCUCGGAGCGUGACGCUGCUCAUUUGGCCCUCUCGCAAGUCCAGAACAACCUUGCUGUGCGAACCACAGAGCGGGACGAAGCCGUCUCAGAGUGCGAUGAUGCCGUCUCGUUGCUUUCACAAAUCCGAAACGAUCUUGUUGUGUGCAUCGGAGAGCGCGGCGAUGCCGUCUCGUUGCUUUCGCAAGUCCAGAGCGAUCUUGCUGCGUGCAUUGGAGAGCGCGAUGCUGUUCAGGGGGAGCGCAAUGCUGCUCUUUCGUCGCUUUCGCAGCUUGGGACCGAUCUCAGUGCACGAACCCGCGAGCGCGACGCUGCUUUUUCAUCGCUUUUGCAGGUUCAGGGCGAACUCGCUGAGCAAAAACUCGAUUGCAACACACUGAUUCAAGAGGUGUGCGAGCGCGAGUCGCGCAUUGCUGCCGAGUUGCAGGCCAUUCAACAACGUGAUCAGAGGAUUGCAGACAUGGAUGACGAGGCCUGGGACAGUGCAGUCACAUCUGCUAGUAUCUCGAUCGAGAAUGAGACUCUAGCGCAAGCGAACAACGCUCUCGAGGCGCAACUCGGUCAAGCUGAAGUCUCGCUGCAAGAAGCAACAGAAUGGAGGGAGCGCAGCGAGCACUUGCACGCUCUGGCUCAGGACGAAGCACGCACAGCAUUUGAGACGGAGCUGGAAACGCAUCAUUUGCAUCAUGUGUUGCGAGAAGAUCGCCUCCGCCAAGCUUUGGAUACGGAGCUAGCAAAUGUGCGCACCGCCUACACAUCACGCAUCGAUCAACUUUCUCGCGACCUCUUGUCCACCAACACAGAGAACGAAGAGGCGCUCGAAGAGCUCGACAUGGCAAGAACAGUCAGAGAAGAUCUCGAGAUGCAAUUGCGUCUGCGCGAGCAAGAUCUUGAGACAGCAAAUUCUUAUUAUGUCUAUGCGCAGCAACGAGAGGAGGAGGCUCAAGGCUGGCAGCGGCAUUGUGAGACUGCGGUUCAACACUUGCACACGGUGCGUGAAUCACUGGCCACAAUGCAGACUGAACUUGCGCAACUCCGCGCAAGCGACAACACAGAAGUACGCACGCAGGAAGAACAGAUCUCUAUAUUGAGCGCAGAGCUGGAUGCUAGUCAUUCAGCCCUCACUCAAGCGAACAUGACGCAUCAAGCAGACAUGCGCGCGCUGCAAGAGCAGGCUGCUGCGUUGCGUGCAGAAAGAGACCACCACAAGCGCAUGUGUGGCCUUGAAAAGGAGCGAGCAGAUCGUCUAAAGCAGCAUUACGACGAGGCAAUGACGAUGGACACAAGGAGAGAACCACCAGCUGCUCCCAUCAUUGCACCGCCGCCGCCGUCCAUUGCUCCUGUUAUCCCAUCGACACCGGCCGCUGGACCAAGUCUCGAGGAGGCGCAGCAGCCAAUGACCGUUGCGCCUCCCCGCAAAGCACUGCUUGCGCACUUUCAAGGCAUCUUGAACCAUCCUCAUCGCAGGCUACAGACUUUUAGCCAGGCCUGCUGGCCGCACAAGAGGAUGAGUCCUGAAGAGGGUGCGCAAGCAUGGCAUGAGGUGCGCCAAAGAUGCCUCGAGGAGAGCAGGAUUCCCCCAGAGAUUAUCAAUGCCCAGAGCCAUCUCAAGGGCGAGAUUUAUCAAGAUAUUCUUGAUUACGUUCAGGCUCAUCGUCAGCCCCCGCCAGAGAUGGAGAGAGAUCUUCACCUCAUGGAGGCGUACUGCGCCUGGCUAAGACGUCGCGCUGACGCUCCACCUUGA